AUGAUCAGCCCACUCUACCUCCUUAGCGCGCUCUCUGUCGCUGGCUCAGCCUUUGGCCACACCAUCUUCACUCGACUUUAUGUCAACGGCGUCGAUCAGGGACACUUGACGGGCAUUCGUUACCCUACCUAUGACGGUCCCAUCACCGACGUCACCUCAAACGAUUUGAUUUGCAAUGGAGGUCCCAAUCCUCUGACUACUCCUUAUCCCUCUACGGUCAUUCCAGUCCCAGCCGGAGCUCAACUUACAGCAGAAUGGCACCACACCCUUACAUCUACACCAGAAACCGACGCCGAAGACCCAGUCGCAAAGGGUCAUAACGGGCCGAUCAUGGCCUAUCUUGCAAAAGUUCCAGAUGCAACCCAAACCACCGUCACGGGUCUUGGUUGGUUCAAGAUCUACGAAGAUGGUCUCUCUGGCGGAACAUGGGCUGUUGAGAAGCUCAUUGCGAACAAAGGAAAGGUCUCGUUCACCGUUCCUUCUUGUAUCCCUCCCGGUGACUACUUCCUUCGCAUGGAGCUGAUUGCUCUCCAUGCCGCGUCCAGCUACCCGGGUGCUCAGUUCUACAUGGAGUGCGCACAAAUCCGUAUUACUGGUGGCGGCAGUGCUAGCCCAGCAACGUAUUCGAUACCUGGAAUCUACGCGGGAAGUGACCCAGGAAUCACCAUCAACCUGUACUACCCACCUGUCACUUCAUACACCAUCCCAGGACCGCGUCCAUUCACUUGCAGUGGCAGCAACUCGUCCACCGCCCAAAGCUCGACUGUCUCGUCUUCCUCUCGCAGCUCGACAUCGACGCGCGCUUCGAGUAGCUCAAGCAGUUCGACAUCAACGCGUGCUUCGAGUAGUUCUACACGGGCAUCGAGCACCUCUUCGGCAGCCACAGGUACCCAAACGCUCUACGGACAAUGCGGUGGUCAGGGAUGGACAGGCCCGACGACCUGUGCCUCUGGCACGUGCAAGGUUUCCAACCAAUUCUACUCCCAGUGCCUGCCUUGA